UACCCAGUGACAGCAGCAGCUAUAAGUAGCCAGGUUAAUGGCGCUAGUACAGCGGAUUGGCAUUUCAGUAAGAUGCAGCCCGCUCGUAUGCAUUCAAAUAAUGACACAGUGCAACGCUUAGAAAUAUAAAAAUUUCACCCACUUACCUCGGUAAUCACAUAUGAAGAUACGCUAGCGUGCUAGCUAGCUUAGCUAAAGUGCUUCAGUGCGAUUUUUUUCUAGCUUUUUGAGGCAUUCGUCGAGGCUACAAGAACAGCGACGCCUGAGCGGAGAAUCAACAUGAGUCAGAGGAAAAGGGGAACCAGGAAAAGGAAAAACGAGGAUGCCUCCGGAGGAGAAAAAGAGAGCGAGGACACUGAGAAGAGAGGAGACAGGAAGAAGAGCCACGCAAAUAAGAAAUACAUUGGAGCUCAUGUUGGUAUUCAAGGUGGGAUAUGGAAAGCUGUGGAGGCCUGUACAGAGAUGGGUGGCAGCAGCUUUGCCUUGUUUCUGGGCUCCCAGCGAUCGUGGAAGAGACCAGCAUUGGACCAUGCAGCUGCAGCAAAGUUUCAGGAGCUAUGCUCCCAACUGGGGUUUGACUCAGCUCAUAUCUUGCCACAUGGGUCCUACCUGAUGAACUGUGGAUCUCCUAAAGAAGAUGUGUUUGAAAAGAGCCAGGCCCUGCUGGUGGAUGAGCUCAGCCGCUGCACCCUCCUGGGUCUCAGUCUCUAUAACUUCCACCCCGGCUCCUCCCUGGGCACCAUCACCACUGAGCAGUGUGUGGACAAGAUUGCAAGUGCCAUUAACCAUGCUCACCAGCAAACGCCAUCAGUCGUUACAGUGUUGGAGAACAUGAGUGGCCAAGGCAGUACGGUGGGUGGCAAGUUUUGUGAGCUGAAGAGCAUCAUAGACAGAGUGAGAGACCAGACCAGAGUGGGCAUAUGUCUGGAUACCUGUCAUGCAUUUGCAGCAGGAUAUGACCUUGCUGCAGAGGGAGGGGUGAAGGCCAUGCUGGAUGAGUUUGACCGAGACGUGGGGCUCCCGUACCUCAAGGCCAUCCAUCUCAAUGACUCCAAAGGUAAACUUGGCUGUAAUCUGGAUCGGCAUGAAGAUAUUGGUAAAGGCUACAUUGGAAUCUCUGCAUUUCGAGACAUUGUCAAUGAGCCCAGACUGGAUAAUAUCCCCCUUAUCCUGGAGACACCCGGACGGCCUGGAUUUGAAUACGCUGAGCAGAUUGAACUCCUUUAUUCCCUGUGUGAGAAAAAGUGAGAAAAGCACUACUGAAGAAUCGGCGUUGAUAAACUGAACUCUGCACAAGCACAGUUAGCUGUCAAGAGAAGUUGAUUUGUUUCUUGUACCAAAGUGGAUGGGUGAGGUAUUCUGUUAUCCCUAAACAAAGUCAUAUUGUUGGUUGUUCACCAUAUGAAGGGUUUCUCCAAAAUAUAGGCUUUGUCUUUGAAUACGAGUUAAAUAAAGGUGUUGGAAGUUUUUAUAUGAUGUGGGGAGUUGCCUUGUUCACAGUGAGCCAUUAGGGGGCAGCAGAAACACACAAAUGUAACACAAACCUAAUGUGCUUUUGGUUUCAAAGGCUGCAGGUAGAAUAAAAAAAAAUGUCCAAA